AUGAACACAGCAACAGCAGUCUCACCAAGAAGAUCCAAGAGCUUAUCAUCACACCAUCCAACCCAACUCAACCUAAUCAACAGCAACAACAACAACCACAACCAACAGAUCAUCAACUUAUCAUUCAGACUCUACCAUCACUCUCAGCCGCAAUCCAUCCAAUCACUCGACCUGCCACCCAUCUCACUCCUACCAACCACACUCAUCUCACUCUACUCCACCCUCAACGACCAUCUCAAACUGGUCCAAGUCAGUCUCAAGCUAAUCAACAACUCAAAGAACCAUCAUCAUCAUCAGUCCACCGAGCCCCAAUCCGAGAAAAGGAUCACCACUACUGACUCUCACUGUAGCAGCAGUGAUAUCAGCAGCAGCAGCAGCAGCACUAGCGGCAGCCAUAGCAGCAGCAGUAGAAGCAGUAGGAGCAAUAGCACCACUAGUCCUACUACCAAUCCAGAGUAUGACUACCAUCGAUUGCUGUCCUUCCUGAUCAAGAAUGAGAAGGCCACUCUCCUCAGUAGAGAAGAGGAAGAUGAUGGUCAAGACAAUGACGAGAAAUCUAGCAAGACUGUCGACCUCUCCUUUCGAUUUCCAUUCGAUGUCUCCUCUGUCACUCUGCGCUCUCCCAACCAACUCUCCUCACUCCCCAGCCUGACCACGUUCGUUCAACAAGUCACUCAUUACAUCCACCAACUCAAGAUCGAUCUGUUCUCAACCCAUCAACUCAUCUUCAACUUACCCGAGUCAUCAUCCCCCUCAGCAAGCCGUUCCACCACCAUUUACACUUCCUUAACCGAUUUCAACCUCAAACAACCAUUGGAUCGUCUGGCGGGAUGCUUACCGUCGAUCCCUGACCCUAAUCAACUCGUAGAACGCUUGACAUUUCACUCUCAAAAGCUGGACGAGCUACUCUCCCAACUAUCCUUCCUGUCACAAUAUCCCACUCAUUUCCCUUCCCUACCGAUCCUUUUGCCGGAAGCCUCGUCAAACUCCGGUCAUCAACGUGCUCUUUCGUUUAAUCAGAUUACCCCGGAGAUCCUCAAAUCUUUUCCGAGCCCCAACAGUUUGAGACAAUACUUCUCCGAAGAAUCCGACCGCUUGGCCUCCCUACUUCCGGGUCUUCCCACCGGUCUCAGCGAGUCAAUCGGCCAAACCUCGAACCAGAUCACCUCCGCCUUGAGGGCAUGUAAGGAGGAAGCUCAAGCUGUCUUGCAUGAUGGGGAAGUCUUCAUUCGUGAAGAGGGAGAAAAACUUAAGGGCUGGGUGGACUCGGAGACUGAGAAGUUGAGACUCGCUUUGCAGAUGGGCACUAGUAGAUUGCUCACCUAUCACGAACUCCCUGACGAAUGGAAGAAUAAUCAGUUUAUUGUCAAGGGCUAUCGGUUCAUCCCUCUUGAUAGAUGGCACCAUCUAUUACUCAGUGGAAUCCAAUGGCACAACGAGACCAUUAACAUCCAUACCCAUUUCUUUGGGACCUUAUCGCUCUUCUACCUGUUAUUCUUUCUCUGGCCAACGACUCCACACACGGCCCCGGACAGCUCAACGAUGACCGACCGAGUAAUCAGUCUGAUCUUCCUGGUGUGCGCUAUCAAGUGUCUGAUCUGCUCAACCGCUUGGCAUCUCUUCUCCGGCUGUGGUACCCUUGGCCCGUUCAGAAGACUCGCUUGUGUCGAUUAUGUCGGGAUUUCUGGUCUGAUUGCUGCUUCAGUGAUGAGCAUGGAGUACUAUGGAUUCUACUGUUGCCCUGGCCUAGCUGGACUAUACAUGUCAUUCACAGUGGCCAUGGGAAUCAUCGGGAUGAUCUUGCCCUUCCAACCCUUCUUCGAUCGUCCCGAAAGCAAAGGGAUUCGGAUCGUCUUCUUCGUCUCUAUGGCCGGCUCCGCGUUGAUCCCUCAAGCCCAUAUGGCAUAUCUCUAUGGCCUUCGUGAAACUUUUCACUUUUAUUAUCCAGCCUUACCAUCCGUGAUCUCGUACCUAGCCGGACUAUUUUUCUAUGCGACGAACUGGCCCGAGCGGAUCCGUCCGGGCUGGGUCUUCGACACCCUAUUCCAUUCGCAUCAAUUCUGGCAUGUGGCCAUCGUCGCGGCGAUCUGGUUGCAUUGGCGCGCGAUUGGGAUCAUCCAUGAUUCUGGUCGUCUCGGCUUCUCUUGCUCGGCUCAGGCUAUUGAACAAUUUCAUAAUACUCCUACUCCUUCCUUAAUCUCCGCUUGGCCUUCCGUACUCCCUAAUUGGCUCUUUUAA